AUGGCCGGGCACAUGCAAGACACUGAGCCAGGAACAAAUAGCCUCCCUUCCAUCCUCGAGAUCCAUGGCAGCAACACUCCAACUCUCCGACGAGUCCCGCACGCUGCCCGACACUCGUGGAGCAAAGCCCUCACCCGUGCCUUGGCGCUCGCACACCACCACAACACAGAGGCGGCAUGGAAGCAAUUGCUCAUGCUGCCCCAAGCAGUCUUGGAUGCGCCACCGUGCGGGGGCAAAAAACAUCACAAGGCCCUCGCGGCCUACACAUUGGACCGCCUGGCCCGAUGGCACGAAGGGGAGCGGAUGGCUCUGUGGACCAGCCGGCACUCUCCACCCAAACCCCGGCGCCAGAGCCGUACUCCGCAACAGCGGCGGGAACUUGCCACAGGGCUAGCACGUGAGGGCUGGGAUGGCAAAGCCUGUGCUGCCCUGCUGGCGGAAGGGCUUUGCCCCGAGACCCCAGCAACAGUGGAUGCCCUCAAGUGCCUCCACCCACAACAGCCACAUCUCCAACCACCAGAUCCCCAACAGAUGCCGCCCUGUGCUGACAUCACACCUGAGACGGUUGCAGCCGCCCUCCGCAGCUUCCCGGCCGGCACAUCGCCAGGGCCCACCGGCCUCCGGGCCCAGCAUCUUCUGGAUGCAAGCUCGCCUGGAGACACAGACUGCUUCAUCCACGCCCUCACCCAAGUCGUCCUGCUGCUGGCGCGUGGUCAUGCCCCUGCAAGCGUGGCAGUUGGUUUAGCAGGUGCCGGCCUUGUCGCGGUGCCCAAGCCUAGCGGCGGCGUUAGGCCGAUCGCCAUUGGGGAGAUCCUUCGCCGCCUUGUCGGGAAGUGCCUCCUCCGCCAGAUCCGGGACGAAGUGCGCACUUCCCUUUGGCCAGCUCAAGUUGGGGUUUGCGUGCCGGCAGGGGCCGAAACUGCGGUGCACACUGCCCGUGCGUGGGUUCACAGACACGGCAAUAGUGCCGGGAAAGCGGUUGUGAAACUCGACUUCCACAAUGCCUUCAACACUAUCAGCCGCGCUGCCGUGCUGCAGGCGGUGCAGGCCCGCUUCCCCGGCCUCACGCGCUGGGCUUGGUGGUGCUAUGGGGGCCACACUUGCCUUCGUUUUGGGUCCUCCACAUUGACCUCGGCGGGCGGUGUGCAACAAGGAGAUCCACUUGGUCCCCUCUUCUUUGCGCUUGCCAUCCAAGCUCUCGCAGAGGAGCUCCAACAAGGGGUUGACUUGGCGGUGUUCUACCUCGACGAUGGGCUCCUUGCAGGUGACAUCGCUGCAGUAUCCGCAGCUUUGACCCACCUUCAACACCGGGCUGCCUCGCUGGGCCUCACCCUGAAUUUGCACAAGUCCGAAGUGAUUGCGGUGGGGUCGACGUCGCCGGCCGACCUUGAUGGCCACUUCCCAGCGGCAUUGCUGUAUACAGCGACGGGGGCCAGCCGGGUCAUGCGCAACUUUGAGCUCUUGGGCGCCCCCAUUGGCGAUGAUGCUUUCUGCGCUGCCCACACCGUUGGCCGAGUGGAAGCCGCCGAGCGGCUGCUCGAUGGCAUCGCCGACUUGGAGGACCCGCAGAUUGGGCUCCGGCUGUUGCGCCGAGCCGCUGGGCAUUCCCGCCUAGCCCACAAUCUUCGAUGCGCCGCGCCUGGCCCGCAAGGUCGUGCUUUGAGGCACUUCGACGAUCUUGUCCGGACCUGCUUCGAAACUUUGACCGGCUUGCAUCCAGAUGCAGCUCAAUGGGAACAAGCUACAAGAGGGCUUGGGCACGGCGGCCUGGGGUUGCGAAGCACGGUGCGGGACAGCGCUGCUGCAUACCUUGCUUCGGUUGGUGGGUGCUCUGUUGCUUGCACGCAGCUUGAUCCACACUACGCUGCAAUCGCUGACAGCCAUGCCGCUUCAGCUUUGUCCACCUACAAUCAAGUGCUUGGCACGGCGAGCCCCCUCACCCUGGAAACUGCAUUCAGCUUGAGGCAAAAAGCAUUGACGCUGAAGCUGGACAUCGCCUCCUGGGAGCGGCAGCUUGCCUCCUCCACGGUUGCUGGACGUGCAGUCCUCUUGUCUGAGGCUGAGCCGGGAGCCCGAGCUUUCCUGGCCGCUUUGCCUGGCGGUCGCACCCGGAUCGAACCUGCUCUGUUCACCACGGAACUUGGCCAAAGACUGGGCAUGACCGAAGCUCUCCAAGAUGGCUGGUGCCCGCAAUGCGACUCUGUGCUUGACCGCUUCUCCUACCAUGCCGCUGUUUGCGUGGCUGGGGGGGGAACGGGUGCAGCGUCACAACGCUCUCCGAGACCUUCUCCACUGGAAAAACCCGGACUCCUUCUGCCACACCGACCUGAUGAUAGCGUGGCUGGGCGACGCCCUGCCGACAUUUUCUUGCCGACCUAUGCUGGCUCUCCAACCGCCCUUGACCUUGCCGUGACGGCGCCAUUGCGGGCGGAGAGCUUGACGGAGGCGAGCAACACUCCGGCGGCGGCUGCAGCAUCUUAUGCUCAGGUGAAGUGGACCCACUUGGACACUGCUGCCGUCUGCGCCCGCCAAGGCCUGAGCUUCAAGCCUCUGGUCCUUGAGUGCGCAGGGGCAUGGGAGAGAGAAGCCGCCAAAUUCCUACGCCACGUCUCAGGGUCCGUUGCUGUCCGGACUGGACAGGACGUGUCCCAGGUACAUGGCAAGCUCUUGCAGGAGUUGUGUGUGGUUGCACGUUGCCACCGCGCCCGUGCUGUGCUUCGACGGCGUGCUGGACUGGCCUCUGCCUCGGCGGCGGACUUUCUUGUGCAACCUGAGCCCUGA